AUGAAAAAAUUUGAUUAAUAUAUUCAGAUUUAUGGAUUAGUGAUAAUAGCUUUUUCAUAUAUAUCUGUUUUAAAUUCAAAUAAACAUGAUAGUAAUCUUGUUAAAAUAAGUGAAACCGGGGCUUGCAUCAAACAUAUUUUACCUAAAUACUAUGCAACUGCAAAUUAAGGAAAAUCUGAAAAAGAUCUUGAUUAUAAAUAGUUGAGAAUAAAUUUUGGAAAUUAUAGCGAUUAUGAAUUUCAAUAAUACAUAGGGAAAGGAGCAUCAGGUCACGCUUAUUUAGGAUUAUAAAAAUCAACUAAGAAUAAGGUUGUGAUUAAGACAUUCAAGAGUCUUAGAUGGAGUAGCAUAAAAAGAGAAAUUGUGUUUAUGCAAAUAGUUUAAGGACAUGACUUAAUAUCACCAUUAGUAGAUGUUAUAAAAAACAAUAAUAUUGUAUCAUUAGUAUAUAAUAGAUAUAUAGUCUUUCCAACAUCCUAAUUGAUAAAAACAAUGACAGAUAAUGGUAAUAAAUUAUUUCUUUAUCAGACUUUAAAAGUAAUUAAAUUAUAUAAUUAAGGCUUUGGAUUAUGUUCAUUCUAAAGGAGUAAUUCAUGGAGAUAUUAAACCAGGAAAUAUAAUUGCAAAUCCAAACAAAAAAUUAUUUAAAUUAAUAGAUUGGGGAUUGAGUAUGUAUUAUGUACCAGGUAGACCAAAAAAUCCAUCAGUUGGAACUAAGUAUAAUUAUUAAUGAUACAGAUCUUAUUAAUCUCCAGAAAUAUUAUUGAGAUACCAAUAUUAUGAUUAUUAAAUAGAUGUAUAUGCAGUUGGUUUCAUGUUUUCUUAGAUGGUAACAAUAAUAACAUAAUUAUUAAAAGAUAUUUAAAGAGAAUAAUCCAUUUAAAGGAACUAAGAAAUUAGGGAAAGAGAAGAUCUAAUAUAUACAUCGAAUAGCAAGAGUUUUUGGAACAGAAGGUUUAAAGGAAGUAGCAAAAAAAAUGAAUUCUAAUUUUGAUUUUAAUGAUUUUCCAGAUUACUAACCUGUCAAUUUAAAUAAAUUUAUUAAUUCUAGUAAUUAAUAAUAUUGUUAAUCUGAGGCUUUGGAUUUAUUAUAGAAAAUGAUGCAUUAUGAUGCAGUAAAAAUAGAAUAUAAAUUAUAUUAGAAAAAAAGGAUAACACCAAAGGAUGCAUUAAAACAUUAAUAUUUUGAUUCUAUAAGACAUUAAUUUGAAUGA